GUGGUGAGCGCAUAGCCGCAGAAGAAAGGAACACGCACGUCCGAGAAGAGCGUGCCUUCAGAAGGGGCCUGCUUUGAGACAUGUUCGCAUACGCGCGACGCGGUACCAUGCUCUGGUUUUCGCUGGCCCUGCUGGCGUGCGGCGUCGUGCCUCCUCAGCCGUCAGAGGCUGCCAGCCUGGCGGACCGCAUCUUCUCCGGUUUCCUGAGCUUCGGCCGCGGCUUCUCCAACGCCACUCAGGGGUUUGUGGUGCGCGUGCGAGGCCUCGUGACCCGAGUCGCCGGCUCGUCCGCAACGGCUGGCAGCAGCAAAGGUGCCGCCGUCAGGGACAUUGACAUCUUCGCCAGCGUGUGCAGUCUCAGCGGUACAAAUCGCCGUUCCCUGAUCAAGUGUUUAGAUGAAAACAACGAAAAUCUGCUGAAACCGGACUGGCAGAAUUGUAUUGGUUCUGCAAAAGUUGAAGUGCUGACUGUGGAAGAUCUCUACCACUGGGCUUGUUCCAGGCUCUCUUCAGCAACAGAGCUGCAAGAAUUCCGCAAUACGUCCCAGUGCCUGUUAGAAGGAAUGGAGAUAUCCGACAUAGCAGCAGGCAUCAGAGAGUGCAAAGGAAGCUCCAGGACGUUCUGACGAAUCACCAGGAUGUUAUUUGUUGCGUGCACAACUGCGACGUUUUGUCUGCCUAUUGAUUUCUUUGCCAAAAGAAACCUAUGCUCUUGCACAAUAACGAUUGACAUAGCUUGCAGCCCUCCUUGCGGUACCGAACUUGAGGUAUUUGUGAAAAACGUGCCUGCUGUACUAGAACAAGGCUUCUGCCGAAGGUAAUUGUGUGCGCAAGGAAAGCGUACGAGGAGGAAUAAAUUACCACAAGAAGUCAUUUGCUCUCCUUGGUAUUGCGUCACUUGCAAAUGUUUAUAUCAUUGCUCUCGCCUCGUUCUUGCCGUCUUAUAUAAUUAUGUUACCAAAUUGAAGCGCCGGUCUAAUAUUUACUCAUGAUGCAUCAACAUUGCUUGCAUUUUUUUUCUUGUUCAGUAAGCAGCAAAUGGUUUAGUUUUACUAUUGCUUGCCCAAAAUACUGACUAAGUGAAGCUAUACGCCACGGUCAGGCGUUCGAUUUUUCCUAAACAAGGCAGCUGUAAUACCGGUGCUGAACAGAACCACUUUUGUGUGUGUGAAAGCGUGACAACUGAGGCAGCCCUACGAAAACUGAAGUCAUGUAGGGUGCAACACGUUGCGAUACUGUCGGACAGCAAGCCUUCUCUGCAGCUGUUACAACAGGGGUUGGUUUGGGAGAAGCGCACACAAAAAUACCUCUUCAUCGUCUCGAAGAUCUACAAGACAUGGGGCUUACUAUAAAGUUUCAGACUUCCGUCGCACGCGGGCAUAGCGGUAACUUGCUCUGUAUGCCUUAGACUAACAAAUAAAGGCUCCUAAGCA